CAUACGCAUAUUGUUCAUCUCUAGUUGCCUCUAAAUAAAAACAAUUUUUAUUAUAAAAAAAAACAAAAGAAGACAUUACAAGAAAAAAACCAAACAGAAAAUGGAUGUGCUGGAAAAUGUCAGAAAUUGGUUUACAUCAGAGACGUCCAGAAAUAAGAACUCCUCCCUAGUGGCUGGUUUACUGUUCUUCGCUGGCUGGUGGACACUGAUUGAUGCUAUGUCCGGAGAUAGCCAACAUCUAAUAACCACAGGGCACGUAUUCAUAGGAGUUUUUGGCACUAUUAGCUUUUGCAUGGUGAAUUCCGUUAAAGGAGAACAUAUUUCAGAAAAUAACUCAUCAGAGGUAGGAGCACGGAUUGCCAAGCUAUGGUUGCUUAUUGGUUUUGUGAUAGGCUUUGCGUCCAUAAUUGCUGCCAUUUGGGUGAUGAUUGACGACUUUAUUAACGACAGAAACAAAGAUUCCAGUCUGGGAGUCGCCUUGUUGGUGCAAAACGCCUUUAUACUCCUCAGCAAUCUUGUAUACAAAUUCGGCCGUAACGAGGAAGCAUGGAAUGAGUAGAGAUUCGCAUCAAGUAAUAUGCAUACAUAUGUACAUCUAGAACGCAAUAACCAUUUAGACAUACCCGCAAACAUAAAAGUGCACCAACUAACUAAGAGAAUGUCAUCGUAAAGAAAAGCUGGCAUAUGCCACAUUGCUCUUUCCAAAAUCACGUUUUAAUGUAUUUUAAUCUCAUUUACACAUAUUAUAAAAAAAAAAAACAAAGAACCCUAAUUAAACUGAAAUUGGUCGCGACAACCAAA